GCGGCCGCAGAGGCUGGAGCGAGGUGGCGGGAUGCAGCGCCCCGGGCCCUUCAGCACCCUCUACGGGCGGGUCCUGGCCCCACUGCCCGGGCGGGCCGGGGGCGCGGCCUCGGGCGGGGGCGGGAACAGCUGGGGCCUCUCGGGUUCCCACGUGCAACUGCCGGGGCGUGCACAGUCGGAGACCCGCGGCGACAAGGGAGGCUCGAGCGCGGGCGGCCCAGCCCCCUCCACGAUGUCCAAGGCCGAGGAGGCUAAGAAGCUGGCGAGCCACACGGCGGUGGAGAACCAUGUGAAGAAUAACCAAGUGCUGGGAAUUGGAAGUGGUUCUACAAUUGUCCAUGCUGUGCAGCGAAUAGCUGAAAGAGUGAAGCAGGAGAAUCUGGACCUCGUCUGCAUCCCCACGUCCUUCCAGGCCAGACAGCUUAUCUUGCAGUAUGGCUUAACCCUCAGUGACCUGGAUCAGCACCCAGAGAUUGACCUUGCCAUCGAUGGUGCUGAUGAAGUGGAUGCUGAGCUCAAUCUCAUCAAGGGUGGCGGAGGCUGCCUGACGCAGGAGAAGAUUGUGGCUGGUUACGCCAGUCGCUUCAUUGUGAUCGCUGAUUUCAGGUGCUGUCCCGGGUCCUGUGCUCCAGCUGAGAGUGUCCGUGGGUUCCCCAGUCUCAUCCCCGUGUGCAGAGGGAAGCCUGGGGAGGGACUCAGGAAGGACAACCUGCUCUCUGGGAUUCCAGGCAGUGACUCCUGCUGUUAUCAUAGCACUCUUGCAUGCAGCUGGGAGGAAGAAGUGCCAGGAAGGAACAAAGAUAGCCCUGGUUUCUUUCAGUGCUGUGUGAGAGAGCAGGGCUUUACUUCUGUGUUUCGUCUGGUGCUCUUUAUGAUGUUUGCUCCCAGGGACCCUGGAGGUUUGCCUUGUCUUGGGAAGCUGGACCUCAAUGCUCCUAUUCUUCAUUCUGCAGGUGUGGUGGACACAGGCCUGUUUAUCAACAUGGCGGAGAAAGUCUACUUUGGGAUGCAGGAUGGCUCCGUGAAUGUGAGGGAGAAGCCCUUCUGACCCUGUGAGGAGCAGGGUGCUCACCUUGAGUCUCCAGCCCAGGCACAGUGGACAUGCCUCUCCAGGAGCCUUUGCCUUAAUGUACCUUAAUGUAGCUGUCCACAGUGCCAGAGGGACAGCUGGCCGUGGGUGGGUGAGGGGGUGUCAAAUCCAGUCUUAUGAAGUAUUGCUAUGUGUCUUUUUAAAAAGAAAUUUAAAUAUAUAUUUUUACUAUUAAAAUAUUCAGUUUUUUUAUAAAAUAGAACUUGAUUUUAUGUUUUAUAUGAAACAUUUACCAAAACAAAAAAAAAAAAUGUAUAAAUAAAAACAGGUGGUCAGGACUGUCUCUGAAAGCACUGACUUGACUUGCUGGUUCAGCUUCUGAGGUUUUGGAUUUGCUGAGAAAUAACAACCCGACAUUUCCUUAAGCCAGCCGGCAGUGUCUCCUGAUGCCUUAUGGGAAACCUUGUUUACUUUCUUGCCGUACUCUGUCCUGUUUUGAGGUUGUUUUCAUUGUACCACUCCCAAGUCCUAGUUACGUUUUAAGAUGAGGUUUACACAAGUCUGAGCGGAGCAGCGGGGUUUGUGGUGACUUGGGGAUACACUCCCAGGUGAGAUGCACCUUCUCUGGGACCCUGGCUUUGCUUGGGUCCUGCUGGUGGGAGCACGUGGUGGGAAGCUUUCGCCUGCUGGCAGUGCAUAGCAUGGCGUGAGAUGUGCAGCACUUACUCUUUGUUGGAAUCAUUUUCUUUCUGUUAAUAUUGUUUUGUUCCUCUAAGAACACUUGUAUGAUUUGGCAUCAGAAGCUGUCACUUUCCUGUGCUGUUUGAAGGUUGAAAUAAACAUUGUUGUGCCAUUUUGA